AAAUUCUAUCGCAACGCAUAGAUAACAGUAAUGUUGUUCGUUUUACUAAAAUAUGAUAAAAUAAUUCUAUUUUCGGUUAUAAAUAGUGGAAUUUUCUGGCAAUUUUUAAAGUUUAACACUACUUACAACAUGAAGUUUGCAGCCCUUGUAAUAUUUGGGUCUCUGGCCAUAAGCUAUGCCAGUCCCAUAGAUGUUUUCACAAUUGCUGUCAAUUCCCCAGAAGUUGAAGACUCGGCCGAAGAAAGGAUAUUUUUGUUACCCAUUCUCUUCCCACCAACUUACCGUCCCCUGCGCCCUGGAACAGAAUGGACCGGACCCAUUGGAUUUCUCAACGAAAACAGAGGACCAUUUAUUUAUAUAAACAGUAACCGUAUUCUGGGCACAGUUCUCAUCUUGGAUCGCUUUAAGUUUCUGCACAUCAUUCGUGUGAACCCAUACAGACCACCAGUGCUUCCAUCCAGACCUCCAGUCGUGCAACCCCCCGAGGAACCCGUGGAGACUCCCAACGAAAAUGAUGGGAACAAUGUAGAAGAUACUGGUAAUGAAAGUAAUAUUGAAACGCCUAAUGAAAACAAUGAUGCAACCAAUGAAGAAACAAAUGAAGGAGGCAAUGAUAACAACGAUACCGCCAAUGGAGACAAUGAAGGUGAUAUUAACGCAACCAAUGAAGAAACUAAUGAAGGUGGCAAUGAUAACAACGACACCACCAAUGAUGACACCGAAAAUAACAAUAACGGAAACAAUGAAGGUGAUACCAACGCAACCAAUGAAGAAACCAAUGAAGGUGGCAAUGAUAACAACGACACCACCAAUGAUGACACCGAAAAUAAUAAUAACGGAAACAAUGAGGAUGGUAUUAACGCAACCAAUGAAGAAACCAAUGAUGGAAAUAAUGCUGACACAAAUGAUGACAACAAUAACAAUAAUGAUGAAAAUAAUGAUAACAAUGAUACCAAUAAUGAAAAUAAUGAGAACAAUGACGUCACCAAUGAUGACAAUGUUGUUGACAACAACGAACCAACCAAUGAAGAAACUAAUGAUGUCAAUGAGAAUAACGAAACCUCAUAAAUUUCCCUUUACAGUAAUGUAUUUUUAAAAAUAUUCAUUACAUUACCAGUAUAAUUACUUGCGUACUUAAUAAUUGUAUUGAUCAUUAUCCGGUUUUGAAUAUGUUUCGGUUGUGUUUACGUUAAGCAAAAAUAGAUGGCACUGAAAUACUUCCAACCCUUAAAACUUA